UCGGAAAGUUUGCGGCUAUUUAUAUCCAAGAUGGGACAAUCCCACAUGAUGGCAUGUGAAUCUCGUAGGGCACAAGGGAGAAACUACUUUCACUUUUGACAAGCGGAUGACAUCUCAUUUCUCCGAAGCAUUCAUUUUAAGAUGAUUGCUUCUAAAUGAACCACGUCAUCUGGUUUUGGAAGUUGAACGUGUACAUCUGGUGUUAAACACAGUAAUUCACUGUUGUCAGCAUGGACUUAUGGGUAAUUGGAAAUCUCAGAAGAUGGUGGUUAUUUUAUUUCCUGCCUGUGUUUCUUUUAACAAGUGAAGUGUCUCUGCAGGAGACUGUUGAGGGUUUUAUUGGAGGAUCUGCUGUUUUACCUUGUUCUUCUAAAGAACCACCAGAUACAGUUCAAGACAUUGAUCUAGUGCGCUGGAGACACAGAGGUAAUAGUAAUAAUGUGUAUAUCAUUAUUAAUGGUGAAGUCUCUGUGGAAGGACAGGAUCCAGAGUACAAAAACAGAGUUGAAAGCUUUCCUGAGGAGUAUCUGGGAGGAAACUUCUCCAUCAAACUCAACAACCUUCAACACACUGAUGCAGGAAAAUACAAGUGCUACAUCUUCAUGAAGGAACAAGUAAUCAAGAGUGUUGAACUUUUCACUCGAGAGAGACUAGAAAGGCAAAUCCCCAGUGAAGGCACAAAACCAAGACCAGAGAUGACUGUUAUGAUCAUUUCUGCUCUGUUUAUUGGUAUUAUAUCUUCAUUGAAUUGUGUCACAGGGGUUUCUUCAUAAAUCACAGCGUCCCAAGCCUGGAUAAAGGAGGAGGAGCUGGAGAACUACUCGAUAUAUUCACUACAAUAUCAUCAGAGCAGGCGCUUCUCGUCACCUGAUGUCUUCAUGAAUGAAUGUCAGCUGAGAGAGAGAGAGAGAGAGAGAGAGAGAGAGAGAGAGAGAUCGGGAAAGAUCCAGGAGUCGGGAUUCAAGUUCAGGACGACAGCAGCGCAGCGGCUCUGUGUGACGGCGCCAGCAAUAUAUUGAACUUUCCUGAACUAUCUUGUAGAGCUAGAAAUAUCAUGUUAUUAACAGGAAAUACAUAUUCAGAAAUGUUUUUACAGGAACUACUCAAUGUUUGAAUCAUAUAUAGUAAUAUAGUAUCACUUGUUUUGUACAGUUUAUAUAUAGUUUAUAUAAUUAAUUGCAGAUUUAAAUAAAA